AUGAAUAUUACUUGUUGUGUAAAAAAUAAUCUUUAAAAUUUUGAAGAAUAAUUGCCUGAAUGUAUUAAAAUAAAAAUAUGAUUAAAGAUUCUUAAGAGCCAUUUGCCUUACAAUAAAAAAUAAACUAAAAUUAAGAAGCAAGAAAAAAUACAUUUGAUGAGAUGGAUGGAUUAGUUAAAUCAACAACUAUGAAACAAGAAGAAAAGAAGAAUAUUCCAUCAUAUUUAUCAAGAGGUUCGGUGUUUCGAUUUCUAAGAAUAUUACAAAAAAGGACUUAAUAAUUGAGAGAAGAUGGAAAAAUGCUUUCCUUUCUUCAAAAUAUAUAUUAGGAUAAAAUAGUGAAUUUAGAAUAGAAUGAAUAAAAACAAACUCGCAGCAAAUAUGUUAUUGAUCCAACUAAUUUAAUGGCUUUAAUUUUCUAAUUUCUAAAAUGUUUAAUUAUAUUUUUACUUCUUGUGAUUAUAACUUAUAUCUGGAGCUUUGAACAUAUUUUUUUAUUGGUUGAUAAUAAUAGUUAUCUAUUUAUUAUCUUGAUAUUGAUGAUAGAUAUGUUACUAUAAUUCAAUUUAGCAAUAAUAAUUAGAGGAUAAGUAAAUAUUGAUAAGAAAUUAGAUAAUCUAUGAUAGAGUUGAGAUUUUGAAAGAGUAUAUUUAAAGAAAUUUUUUUGAAGAUAUUAUUUUUAUAAUUUCCAUGGUCUUAAUCAUCCAAACAUCUUAAAUAAUAUUUGUAAUAGUAUUUUACAUUAAUGGUAUUGGGAUGUUAUUAACAAUUAUAAAAAAGCUUGAGGAACUAUUUGAUUUGAGUGUAAAAAGAACAGAGUUAUUAAAAUUAUGCAAAUUGCUGUUUUUCAUAAAUUUAUUAGCUCAUUUUAUAGCAUGUAUAUGGCAUUGGAUUGGAUUACAUACGAUAGACUAAAAUAAUAAUUGGUUAGAUUCUAAACAAAUCAGGGAGGAAUCAAAUUUCAUAAAAUACAUAUAUUCUUUCUAUUGGUCUGUUGCUACUAUGGUAACAGUUGGAUAUGGGGAUAUCACACCAUAAAAUUAUGUAGAAAUAAUUUUGUGCAUUUUUAUAAUGUUUUUAUCAUGUGGAUUGUAUGCUUAUUCAUUGAAUACAAUAGGAUAAAUUAUUUCAAUUUUAAAUUGUUAAUCAGAUAAAUUAGAGAAAAGCUUUAGAAUUUUGAAUAAUUAUUUCAAAUAACACAAUAUAAAGGAUUAAUUGUAAAGUAGAAUCAAGAAUUAUUUAGAGUACAAAUUUAAAGAAGAAGAAAAAUAAAGCCAAAAUGUAUUAUUUUAGUGAUUAACAUAGGUUUAUACAGUUUUAGAUUAAUUAUCUAAUCCUCUUAGAUUUAACAUAAUAUCUGAAAUCUUUGAGAGUAUGCUUUCAAAAUGUCCUCUGCUUUAAACAAAUUUUUCAAAAUCUACUCUUCUUAAUUCAAUUACUUUGCUUGAAACAUUAAAUUAUGAACCUGAUGAUUUUAUUGUAAAUUAGAAUACUUAGAAUGAAAAUGCACUUUAUUUUAUUGAUUAAGGUACAGUAGAAUUAUUUGAACAAAGAAGUAAGACAUUAUUAACUGAAUUUACAUCUGGAGAUUCUUUUGGAUAACAAGAAUUCUUUACUAAUUCUUAAGCUGUAUUUACAUACAAAUGUAAGACACAUACAAGAGUUUUUAAACUCUCUCGAUCUAAAUUUUUAGAAAUUCUCAAUAAGGAUGAUUUUGAAAUAUUUCAUUAGAUCAAACAUUGCUUAUAAUUCAAUAUUCCUAUGAAACAUUCCUAGUGUAUUAUUUGUCAAUAAAAUGAUCAUUUAAUGCAUCAAUGCAAAUUGUUAUUUUAUUUUCCUGAUAUAUCAAAAAUGGUAAUCAGAUAAGAGAAUAUUAAAUAAAGGAGGGAAUUUAAGCAAAGAAAUAUAAAAAGAGAGAAUAGCCUUUCUUUAGUGUCUGUAUUUAUUUCAUUUUAAUUAUUUUAGUUAGUCUAAUAAAAAUAAUUUGAAUAUUAUCAAUAAUACAUUUAGGAAUAUACAUAGAAAGAGAUUGCAGAUGAAGAUAAUAUUAUUAUGGGACCUGAUUCUUUAGUGAAUUCAUUAAUGUAUAAUAUAGUGAAGCCAUCUGAAAUUUAAAUUCAAGUAUCUAAUUAAAUGGAUCUUGGAAAAGAACUUCUAAAUAUAAAUAGUAUCAAAAAAAUAAAUACUUAAAUUGUAAAAAAUAAAUAAUCUUUACUUGAAACUGGAAAUAAUUAAGAACCAAUUAACAAAACUAAAAGACCUUCAUUUCAAACACAAGAUCCAUUUUAGUAUUAAACAAUAAUCUUUGAUAGGAUGAAAGAUUUUAAUAAAUAUUUUUGUGAAUAUAAUUCUGUUUCACAAAUUCGUAAAUAUAAUUAGAGUUAAUUUUAAAAAGGCAUUCUAGCUCCUAUCAGAAAAAGACAUACGAAGGCUAUGAGAUUUAUUUAAAUAUGA